AUGUUUCGUAGUAAUUUCAUUAACUUAGAUACUACUAAAUCGCUGGGAGAGACAGUCAAGCAGUUCACUGCUGAUAGUGAUCGAUGGAUCUUCCCGAAAAAUGGUCAAAACACAGUUUUCUCGCAACAUCAGGUUUCCAGCAGAUUCAACGCAGCGAGCAUAAUUGAUUUCCUUGGUGGUAUCAUGCAAAUUUUGAGUAAAAACCGACCUAACUUACAAAUCAACACACAACAGUCUCCCAUGAAAUUGAAUUGGAAUCUAAAACGAUACUUUGAACCUAUAAGUGCAACGAAUGAUUACAGUCAAAAGCGCCAGCCUUUGGCUUAUUUGGACACAGGUGGUAAUAAUUUUGAUCGCUUUAUUGUAUCAGAGAGAAGAAACGACAACCCAAUUUUGGAUUGGAUUGUCGGUAAAUUUAGUAGACGAGGCUUGGAUUGGUCAAGUGGAAAUUUGCGAUUAAUCAAUGUACAAGGUAACAGUAUAUUGGGAUCCGACCUAAUUGUACACGAUCGUAGCAUUGAAAUACCUUUUAAAAAAUGGCUUUAUACUUUGAAUUCAAUUUUGAAGUCAAGCCCUAGUUACAAAUAA